GUUAUGUGCUAUUGUAGCAUGAAUUUUUCCAGAAUAAUUUGAAAAAAGUAAAAUAAUAUGGAGGAAACUACGGAAAUUAUUCCUGGAUUUCCAACUAUUAACGAUUACAAAAAGAAAGGAUUUGAACUUCUACUAGAAGCCACAAAGUCUUCAAAUGCCUUACCAUCGCAACGGGAAUGGGAUUUCUACAAAACUUACGACUCAUUUAACAAGAUACUAAACAAGGAAGGUGACAAGGUAUUACGACUGAUGAGUACAGUUUUACACAAUCAGCAGCAAAAUGUGAACAUACGAAAUAGAGAUAUGGACGAAAGAAUGGAGAUGUUGAUUGAAGCUAAUGACAAUAUAUUAGAGAAAGUAGCAAUAAGUAUUGACGAAUUAAAUGGUAUUAAACGGGCAAAUCAAGGCGACCCUCAAAUACAAGCGGUCAGCGCACAAUUACCUGUGAACGGUUCGUGGAAUCAGUUAAGUAAAGCGACUUUUUCUGUUAGCUCAUCUAUUGACGGUGUGAAAAAAUCAAGUUCGUUUAAUGCGAUACGAUUGCUUACGGCAAAAAAUAUCGUUCGUCCACAAUCUUAUUUUAAAGACAAAAUUGAUAACAGCAACAAUCCUUGGAUACCUCGCAUUACAGAGAAGCCAAACUCAAUAAAACCGUUAGCGAUCUUCCUGGAGGAAUCCGAGUUAGGUGAACAGUAUUCGCAUCCCUACGAAAUGGAAUUGGAACAUUUCACCCCGCCCGCUAAUCAGUUACUGAAAAUUAAGCCGGAAAAUGUGAAACCGCUUGAAGAAACUCCUUUGGUCGAGGUGUCGACACCCGAAGACUUGGAAAUGUGUUUGGAGGAUCUGAGGCAGCACACUGAGUUUGCGGUCGAUUUGGAGCACCACUCGUAUAGGACGUUCAUGGGGAUUACGUGUUUACUGCAAAUUUCUACUAAGGAUACGGAUUACCUUAUUGAUACGUUCACUUUACGUGACAAAUUGUGUAUAUUAAACGAGGUGUUUACAAAACCUUCAAUUGUAAAGAUCUUCCAUGGUGCCGAUAUGGAUGUGCAAUGGCUUCAACGCGAUUUAUCACUGUAUGUUGUAAAUAUGUUCGAUACACAUCAAGCGGCGAAACAACUGGGUUAUUCGGGUCUUUCGUUGGCCUACUUGCUUAAUAAAUUUUGUAACGUUGUGCCCAACAAACAUUUUCAACUGGCAGAUUGGAGAAUUAGACCUUUACCAGAUGAAUUGAAAACUUAUGCGAGAAUGGACACUCAUUACUUAAUAUAUAUUUAUUACAUGUUGAGAAAUGCGUUGCUUAAUAAGGGUAAUGGUAGUGACAAUGUUUUGAAGUCGGUUAUAUCGGAGAGUACAGAAAUUUGUAAGAAGCGUUACGUUAAACCUAUUUUAACCGAAGAGAGUCACAUGGAUUUCUAUAGAAAAUGCAAACGUAUGUUUGAUAAUCGGCAAAUGUUUGCCUUAAGAGAAUUAUUUCGUUGGAGAGAUAAACUGGCUAGAGCCGAGGAUGAGAGUACAGGAUACAUUUUACCUAAUCACAUGCUUUUACAAAUUGCUGAAGCACUACCACGGGAAGUACAGGGAAUAAUUGCAUCUUGUAAUCCGGUACCACCACUAGUACGUGCAAAUCUCCUAGAAAUUCAUCAAACGAUAUUAAAGGCUAGAGAACAAUCAUUGACAAAGCCCAUUUUAAAUGAAGAUAACAGGGGUAGAGGUAGCACUUUUCGAUUUGCCAAAUUAAAUGUAGAUAGUCCACUACAUUGCCCUCAUGAUCUAUCGAAGUCUACCGAAUUUAGAGAUGACUUACCUACUUUGUUAGGUCAAGCUGAAUAUAAAACACCCUGUGCAAAAAGUGAGCUUCAAAUUUGUAAGUCUAAGUAUUCGGUUUUUAAUGUACCUGAAAUUGAUAGUGAUGAUCAGAACGAUACAUUACUGACAGUACAAAAUAAAUCUCUCCUAGCACCCUAUCAAAGAUACGAACUCAUCAAGCCGUUUAUACGUGCAGAAGAAGAGAAGGCCACAGUCGAAGCCCAACAAAAUGAACAGAAAGAGUUAUCGAAUGAGGAUAGGAUUGCUGCUCUUCAUGAACACUUUGUGAAGGUCGCAAAGGAGACCCCACAGAUACUUGCUGGCUCAGUGAAACUAGACACGCUCGAACAAACUGAUGUUGUUCCACCUCCAUCGAUCGACACGCAAAUAGUUGCUAAUAUUUUAGAAUCUCAUCCAACUCUGAAAUCAAUGUGUGGCUCGAAAAAACGAAAGCGCGCUGUGGAUGAGAUCGAUGUUGACGAACCCGAACAAAAGAUACCGCACAAUGAAAUACAUACCCCGAAACCACAGCAGCGGCACUUUCAACGCAGGAAAAAUAAGAAAAAGAACCAACAGUUUCAGGACCAUACGACACAGCAACAUUCUCAGCCACCGAACAAGCCCAAACAACCACCCAAAAAACAAUGGAAGCAGAAACAGAAACAAAGACAACCCCAAAAACAGUCUCAAAAUCAACAAUUCCAAGCUUUUGACUACUCAUCGGUUAAUUUUCAACAGUUUCAAGGUGGUGCGGGAAGAUCGAACAAUAGGAAAGGUUUCCCAAAAAAUGAGUUCAAAGGAAAAAAUAAUAAAAAGAAAAAUAACAAACAGUUCGGCAAUAAGAGUAUGACUUACUCGAGGCGACAGUGAUAGAUUAAACUGAAACUGGAUUUUUUUCUGUGUUAUUUUCUACUUCAAAUGAUUAUUUCAAUUCAAAGACUUAUUUGAAUUUGUUAUUCUUUAAUAAAGAAAGGAAAAUUAUAUGUAA